AUGGAUGAACUCUAAUGUCAAUUACAUUUCUCACCUAUUAUGUUUAUUGAAACUUCACCAAAAAAAUCAAGUUCAAGACUUAAAUGUAAAAAUUGUGAAGAAGUUGAAAAAGGUGUUCCUCUAAUUGCUAUUAACAGAUUUGAUUCACAUUGUUAAGAGUAAAAAAUAAAAAUACAAAAAGAAUAAGAGAGUGUGAUUGCUGAUUUUUAAUAAUUUUCUGAUCCUUUAAAAAAACUCUUAGAUAAUUAUUAAUUAGAAAUAAAUUCUACUAUCAAAAGAAUUCGAUUGGAACUUCAUAUUAUAUUUGAUUCUAUUCAUCAAUUUUACAAUCCUAUUAUUAAUUAUGAUCCAUAAUAAAAAAGUAUGAGCAAUUUGCAAUAAACAUCUGAUUUGAUAUACGACUCAACUUGUAAGUUUAAUUUAAAGCCUAAAUAUUUUGAAGUUAUUAAAGUCAUGAAAACUCUCUUUGGUUUGUAGCAUCAUUAUUCUUAAAUCAUGAAAAAAUGCUUUGAAUAACUUUAAAACGAUUUAGCAAAAUACGAACUUUCAUCAGAAUUUAAAGUCUCUCCUUCAAAAAUAUGUAAUGCUAUAGCUUUCAGUCCAGAUAAAGAUGGUUAAAUAGUCUCUUUAGGGUUAGGAAAUAUACUUUAAACUUAUUAAUAUAUAAAGUAAUAAGAUAACUAGAAUUUCAAUCUAUUAUAAACCUUUAAAGAUCAUGAAAAUUAUAUUUCUUGUAUUCUUUUUAGUGAAGAUAAAAAAUAUUUAAUCUCAGGAGGAACUUAUGAUAAAAGAAUGAAUAUUUAUACUGAAUCCAAAAAUAAAAAUCAUUUCUACUAAUUAAUAGCAUAAGUAAUUCAUUAAGAUGCAAUUAAUAGUAUUAUUUUUACUACUAAUAAUGAAGACAUUAUUUCAACUUCAGGUCAUGAUAUUUAUCGUAUAUCAAAUGAAGAUAUUGAAGAAAUUUUAAAUUAAAAUAAAGGACAAGAAAUUAAGAAAAUUAACCUUAAUUAAGAUUUAAACAAAUAUUAAUUAAAUCCUUCUCAUGAUAAUACAGCUUAUUAAUUAAGUUAUAUGUUUACAACGAAUUUAAAAUAGUUCUUAUCAUGUAGUUUUGAUAAAUAAGUUUUUGUAUGGCAAAAAUAAAAAGAUUUUUGGAAUAUGAAUAAUAGAAUAAAAAUGUUAAAUCAUAUUUAUAGAUGUUGUUUCAUUAAUGAAAAUGAUAUUGUUAUUUAAGAAAAUUCUUCAAGAGAAUUAUCUUUUUAUGAAAAUGUUUCUAGAAAAAAUGAUUUCAAAAAAAGCAAAAUUAAACAAGUUAAAUUUGAAGAUCUAAAUACUGAUUUAACAUGUAGCUUUCCUAUUGUAUUUAUUCAAAAAUUAAAAUUACUUGUAGUAAAACAUAAUAAAAAAAUAGUAUUUCUAAAAGAAAGAACAGAUGGAAAAUUUUAUAAAGAAAAUGAAAUAGAAGGAGAAAUGGGAGCAAUAUCUCCAGAUGGUGAUAUAUUUUUAAAAUGGAAUAAAAAGUAAUCCAAUUUAGAAUUAUUUAAACUUAAUUCUGGAAUUAAAUUUAAAAAAGAAGAAUUUGAAAAAAGAUAUUUGCCACCUUAAGAUAUAAUUAUUCAAGAUUUUGAUGAUUAAUAAUUAUAUAAUUAAAAAGGUCCACAAUAAAUAAAUUUGAUUGAUCCAAAUUCAGAGCACCUCAAUGAAAAUUCCUAAGUGCUAUUAAAAAGAGAAAUUGAAAUUCAAAAAGAGGAUGAAUCUACUAAAUAAAAUCUAAGGGAAGAAAAAAAAAGUGAAGAAAAUAAAAUAGAAGAUCAAAAUCUAUCAGAAGUUGAUGAAACAUGUAAUUUAGUCAAAUUUAUAGAUUGA